CGAUAAACUUCUGUCUCACGUGUCUUCGCGUCUUUUGGUGCCGUGCCGUGCUGGUACAUACCUAGAUACCCCCCUCUCAUACUGUCGCAAAGUCACAUGUUAUCUGUGGCGCACCACGUUUGAAGAAAAAGACACCUGAAGGGUCUAGACAAUAUCAAAAUCAACCCUCGCAAAAUACACAAAGUAAAAACACCGCCAAAAUGCCUGCGGGAAUCACCGAACUCCAUGGCGUCAAGCGGGCCGACAUUCACAAGCAGGUGAAGCAGCUGAUCCACGAUAUGGUCAACAUCAAGGACACCACAGGCGAGUUCCUCAUGACGCUCGAGAACGGCCGCGUCAUCGACACAAAGGGCUGGGGCGACUGGGAAUGGACCCACGGCAUCGGUCUGUACGGCAUCUGGAAGUACUACGAGCUCAACGGCGACCCGGCCGACCUCAAAAUCAUUGAGGACUGGUUCCGCGACCGCUUCGAGGAGGGCCACAAGGGCAAAAACAUCAACACCAUGGCAGUCUUCCUCACCCUUGCCUACGUCUACGAAAAGACCGGGAACGAGACCUACCUCCCCUGGCUCGACAGCUGGGCCGAGUGGGCCUACCACGACCUCCCCCGUACGAAGUACGGCGGCAUGCAACACAUCACCUACCUUGAGGUCAAUGACCAGCAACUCUGGGACGACACCCUCAUGAUGACCGUCCUGCCCCUCGCCAAGAUCGGCCUCGUCUUGAACCGCCCGCACUACGUCGAGGAGGCCAAGCGUCAGUUCCUCCUCCACCUGCAGUACCUCUUUGACGCGCCCACCGGCCUCUUCUUCCACGGCUGGACCUUCCACGAGGGCGGCCACAACUUUGCCCGCGCCCGCUGGGCCCGCGGCAACAGCUGGCUCACCAUCGUCAUCCCCGAGUUCAUCGAGCUGCUCAACCUCACGGGCGACGACGCCCUUCGCUCCCACCUCAUCAACACUCUCGAGGCACAGUGCGCCGCCCUUGUGCCGCUGCAGGUUGAGAACGGUCUGUGGAGGACGCUGCUCGAUGUGCCCGAGUCCGAGGGCUCCUACGUCGAGGCCAGCGCCACAGCCGGUUUCGCUUACGGUAUCCUCAAGGCGCAGCGCAAAAAGUACAUUGGAAAGGAGUACGAGGCCGUCGCCGUUAAGGCGAUUAAUGCCAUUUUGGAAAAUAUUAGCCCCGAGGGCGAGCUGCUCAACACAUCGUUUGGCACGGGUAUGGGUCAUGAUUUGCAGCAUUACAAGGAUAUCCCGCGGACGAGCAUGCCGUACGGCCAGGCCAUGGCUAUGAUGGCGCUAGUUGAGUUCUUGCGCGUCUUCGUAUGAAGUUCAUGAUAUAAUGCUAAGUAAAAAAACGAAUAAAACUGAAUGAAUAAACUCUGGCCUCAUAAUGCUACUUUCCUACGAACUACAAUGGCGUGUGACCCAAGCUUUCGAGAAUCGAGG